AGAUGAUGUUGGAUAAAUUUUACGUCAUGAGGCUCUUGUGCACUAAUUCUGAACCUUUGUAGAAACAUAACCUAUAAGAACUCAAAUUAAAUGCCGCCGAAAAGAGGAAAGGUUCAAAAGGAAGAGGUUCAAGUAUCUCUUGGACCGCAACUCCGUGAAGGUGAAGUUGUUUUUGGUGUUGCGCACAUUUUUGCGAGCUUUAACGAUACAUUUGUCCACGUAACUGACCUUUCUGGAAGGGAAACUAUUGCACGAGUUACUGGUGGUAUGAAAGUGAAAGCGGAUCGUGAUGAAGCUUCUCCUUAUGCUGCUAUGCUUGCUGCUCAGGAUGUAGCAGAAAAAUGUAAAUCCCUUGGAAUUACAGCACUUCAUAUCAAAUUGAGAGCAACAGGAGGUAAUAAAACAAAAACCCCUGGUCCAGGAGCACAAUCUGCUCUACGUGCACUUGCACGUUCUAGUAUGAAAAUUGGUCGCAUUGAAGAUGUCACUCCAAUUCCAUCUGACUCUACUCGUAGAAAGGGUGGUCGUCGCGGACGAAGGUUGUAAUUUGUUUCUGUGUGUGUUUUAUUAACUUCCAAAAAUAAAAAUUAAAAAAAAAA